UAAUAAUUGAUUGAGAGACAAGUGAUUUGAGAUGGUGUCAUUGCAUCGGAAUUUGCAACCACCCUCUUCAAGUCCUCAAGCGGUUGUUGAGGAAAGGAAAAUCGGAUGGGCUCCGGUCUCUUGGUAUCAGUAACGUAACAGCAGGUAAAGGGAUUGAGCAGGCAGCGGCAAGUACAUGUAGUGAGAAAAGGGCGCAAAUCUCAACUCAAGUCUACUUGCAAACAAUAGGACUUGGCAGAUCCAGUUCGCUUGGAAACACACAUUCUUGGGCUAUCUAACCUUGCACAAAACCUGGCAAAGGCCGAGUAAUAUACCACUUCCCAAUAACAAAGGUGACAUCAGAUUAGAGGUGAAGGGAUCAUUAUCUGAGAAAGAAACAUCAAGAGGUUGAAGCCACGCUUUGGUUAUUUCUCCAUCCUUUGUGGUAUCCACCGUGUGAGUUGAGUUUGAGCUGAGGUUUGACCAUGGCGUCACCCCCCAAUAAUUUGCCAAAGUACCCAGGCGCCUCGGAAUCAGCACAAGAAGAGCCAUCAGAGGAGAGCCCUGUCCUGAUGUUGGUGGAAGAUCCGUUGGAUAUAUUGAAGAAACCGUCGUCACCGUUUCGCCACAGCCGUCGCCGCAUGUGUGCUACUUCGUCUCGAUCUCUGAGUUCUGCCGAUGAUAAUGAUUCCAUCAGUGCUGUGCGACAAGAGCAGCAGCAGCAACAACAGCAAGAUCACAGAAACCACAAUUCCUUUCCAGGACUUCGCCGUGUGGGAACCUUUCCUCUGGUGGGCUCAAGCAGCAGUGUGCAUAACAAUACUACCGGUGGUAGUAGCAGUGGACCGCCUCGAAGACCCAGUCGAUCCACCAGUCUGGAACGAAGUCAACACAACUGUGAUGACACGACAAGUUGUGGCAGCAGUUACCAUCAUCGCCAUCUUCGUCAGGAAGAAUCGUCGGAUGAUGAUGAUGAGUAUGAUCGGGACAAGUUUCGUCAGCUCUUAAUGGGGAAAUGCGAUUGUGCCAGCACGGUCAGUGGAAGCAGUAGCUUUAAGGCCAUGCGAGCUAGCAUCCACAGUGCUGCUGCUACCACCGAAGAUGAGGAAUUCGACCUUGUAUCCAGAAAGAAGGAGCAAGGCCUCAAGCCUCGCAAAAGUUGGGGCUCGGCUCCUCCCAAAUUCCCCAGUCGCAUGGACAGUGAUACCGAAAAGCCUGCAGCCGCAGCAGUCGCCACUACUCCCAACACUCAGUUGGGAACCAGACGACCCAGUCUGCCGUUAUCCGUAUACCGGGCAUCUUUGCAAGGACAACGGAGACGCAGACGACGAUCCAAGAUCCAGGAUAUGCUCAAUCCAGACUCGGAAACCUCGUCCAAGUCGGUGCGGUUACCACCCAAGUUACCCAGUCGCACGGAAAGUGAUCUCAGCACGGAUGCCAGCAAAGCAUCCAUUCCUGCUGUGCUGGUGCUCUGCAACUCGGCUCUGGCGGCAACAACGCAAAAGUCGUCGGCAGCUUCGGUUUCCAGUAGUCAGAAGUCCACGUGCGAAGCUCCCAAACGACCCAGACGCAGUCUCAGUCCCAUCUUUGGCGAAUCUUUGCGAUCUCUCAUUCAACAGCAACAAGACGAUGACAAUGACAUGAUGAUGACAACGAACGAACCACCACCUGUCUCCAGCAACACAACCCAGCAACCCGCCAUGAUGAAGACUACUGCUACAACAUGUACCAUGGAAUCCAUGGCGGUGGGUAUACUCGCUAGAAAAGUCAGGGCCACUCCACGAAGUUCCACCACAACCGCCACCACGGCCACCACCGCCUCGCUGGCGCUUCCAUCCAUUCCACGACGCAAACGCAAUUUGCCCAUGCGCGCCAAGACAUUCUCCUUUUCCACAAAGUCGCCGUGUUCGUCGUCACCAACAACAGAAGUGGCCUUUCCGACACUUCCUCCUUCGAGUAGUCGUUGUCCACCCAAUAGUUGCCUGGCACUGCUGUCGCACAACUUGACGGCCGGUAGAAACAUGGAGGGAAUUGCCAUUGCGUCCUUGUAUUCGGGAGAACUAUCGGGAGACAGCCUCGAAAGUCUAUGGACGGCAACCACAUGGCCCAAACCCAAACGGAAAAAGGUGGCACCGGGACGAUCCAGGACAUUCAAUACGUCCUAUCAGCCAACGGCGAUUGCCAGUCGGUGCUAAAUCAUGAAGUGGGUUGUUUGUAUGGGUUGGCUUGCAUUGCAUUGCAUGGCUACAGUAGCUACUUUCUUGCUAAAAAUAAAAUAGAAGCAUCUCAUUCAUCUGGGUU